AUGUUAAUGGUAGGAAGCUCGCUCCAGGCCACCCAGCCCGACUGCCAGGGGGAGGAUGUGGGUCCGAGGAGCGCGGUGUCCAGUGGCCAGGGCGGCAGCUUCUCCUCCGGGCGUUCCUCUGCAUUUGUCACAUUGGGCCGGGAGCGGGGUCUCUCCUGGACAAGGGUCUUUGUCCGGAAGGCCGAGCCUCCUCCUAGCCCUGGUUGCAGCAACACAGCCGUGAGCACAGCGGCAAGGAGAGGCGCUGACGUCCGCGCCCUGCAGUCUGAAGGCCCGACCGCGGGCCACGCGCGGGCUCAGAGUGCGAUGGUGAUGGAAGGUGCUCAGUGUGAGGGUGGACGCGGCCGGGAGAUGCGGUCAGGUCAGCAAGUGGCUCCAAGCAGCCCGGCCCCCAGCUCCGGAGCCAGCGUGGCCCCAGCCGUCUCGGUGCAUCCGAGCGCGGCCGUCCAGAUGUCCCGGAAUCAGCCGGUCUCUGCCCCAUGUCCACCACCCGGGGCUUGGUAA